UGAAUAAAAUAUUGCCAGAUAACGAAGGACAGCAGAAAAGUGAGACAAAAUUUGAAGGAUACAAGGUUUGUCUUUUCAAUUAUAUUUUGUAAAUAAAUACCGGUAGUUGUUAUUUGUUAGAGAAUUGUCUUGUUCAAAUGAAAAAAAUUUCCCAAAAAAAAAAAACCUGAAAAUCAGAUGAAUUAUUCUCGAGGAGAAGGAUGUAAUUCACCACCAAAAGAGAAAGUUUAAAAUCCCAUCUAAGAAGUGAGUUUUUUUAGUAAUUUACUCCUAAAAGAACAUUCAAAUGGGAUGACCAAAAAACCAAAAACGUACCAAACGAGGAAGAGAAGAAAGAGAAGCAUGCAUGGGUAUAGUAAUUGCUUUGUAGUUGGUGAUGUGUUGUUUGGCAUUUGUUUGUAGUAAUGUAAAUGUGCCAAACUGCCAAUCCCCCAAUGCCAUCUCUCUCUCACUCUAAACUCUCUCUCUCCUCAUUUCUAAACCUCUCCAUCUCCACGCCGCCUCUUCCUGACAUUUAACAAGAACUCUUCCACUCCCUCUUCAAUUUCGGAAUCCCCCAUUUUUUCUCUAUUUUUCUUGAAAAAUCCUUUCUUGUUUUUCCCAAUCAUUUUCACUGUAGCUAUAUGGGUGUUGUCUCUAAUGCUGGCGAUUUUGUCUCUGAUUGUUGUAACAAUUGAAGGACUUUUCUGGGGAUUUUAUUAGCUUGCUCUGUUUGGUGAAGAGGGAUUCCAUUUAACUUCACGAAAUGGGGAAGGGAAUAAGUGAAUUAGAGUGUGAUGAAUUCGAGAAGCUCCUUGGUGAGAUUCCGAAUGCUACUUCUGAGAAUCGGAAUUCUGAGGAAUCCGGAGUCACCAAGUCCUCAAAGGAAUUGAAAAGGGUGUCUUUGGGUGAUAGGUUGUUUUCGCAACGAGCCAGGCCUAUUGGUGUAAAUCCCUUGAAGGGGACAAUCAGUGAGAAACAUCAGAAAAAUGGGAGUCCGGUUGAAGAAAAGUUAUCUGUCAAUACAAUUCAGCAAUCACCCAUCCAUGGUGUUCGACACGAAGAACCAAAUCUACCCGACGACCAGUCCUUGACAUAUGCUUUUACAGGAUUGAGUUUCAAUGAAGGGGCAACAAUGGAAGCUGCAUAUCCUCCUUUGGUAAAUUAUAAAUCCUUCCACCAGAAUCAUACUGUUUUAUUGGAUGGACAAUUCCAAAAUAACUUAAAGAAACUCCCUUCCAAUAUGGAUUCCGGUUUGAUGGUUGUUUCCUCUCCCCGAUCACUAAAUAAUCCAUCCGGUGGCUUCAAUGGGUUUGAUGUGAAAAGGCAUAGCCAAGAAAGUUCAAAUCCUUUUAAAUUUAAUGUUCAAGAACUGAAGAAGCAGCAAAUUGGUUAUUGCCAGCCAAUUGAGAACUUUUCUGGCGCCGUGCCACUACCUCAUGGAGUGCAAGGUUUUCAGUUUAUCUCAAAUGUCCCGGUCCAUGGCGUAGAGUUUCCUAUAAUUUCCAAUCAACAGCAGUACUUCAUGGAUCCCCGGACUCCAAAUCCUUACUUACAUUCACAGCAACUCAGCCAGCCUCAUAUUACAUGGAGGCAAAUGGAAGAGGAACAUUAUUUUAGAAUGCAUCAGCAGUACCUGUAUUUGCAGCAGUUUCGGGAUCAGCAGUUGGAAGCUCAGCAUUCAGUUCAGGCAAAUGGCAAUGUGGCAACUAGGCUAAUGAGCCGGAACUUGCGGCAACCAUGUAAUGAUAUGUCAAUCUCUCACCAUCUUGAGCAAUCUAAUCAAGAGCCAUUUUGGAACAAGGCUACAAUUUCGAGGAACGUAAACCAAUCCAACCCUAUCCUCGACUCUACUGAUUUUAACACAGUGCAAGUUUUGGACAAAGUGGGGAAACAGCCCACAAAGAUUCUAACAAGAUCAAACGGAUUGAACUCGCUUAGACCUGUCAAGUUUGGCUCCUUUGGAGGAAAUGAAUUGCAUGCUGAUGUUAACCAUAGUGGAAGAGUUCUCUCAAAUGGUCACUUCCACCAAAGAUUACCCACUCAUGCUGCUGGAUUCCAGUUAGAUAGCGCGAGCUUGCGAGGUUCAACCCCUGAUACCAAUGAUCUUAAAAAUGUAAAUUUGAGGCUGCCACUUCCAAAAUACAACUCUGUAGAUGAACUUUCUGGUAGUAUAUAUCUCAUGGCAAAGGAUCAACAUGGGUGCCGUUUCUUACAAAGGAAAUUUACUGAGGGAACCCGCGAAGAUGUCAAAAAGAUUUUUCUUGAAAUUAUAGUUCACAUUGUUGAGCUCAUGACAGAUCCUUUUGGGAAUUACCUUGUCCAAAAGAUGCUUGAAGUGUGUGAUGAGGAUCAGAGGAUGCAGAUUCUCCAUGCAAUCACUGGCAAAGCUGGUGAUCUUGUUAGGAUUUCAUGCGACAUACAUGGGACUCGGGCUGUUCAGAAGGUUAUUGAAACCAUUAAGACUCCAGAUCAGUUUUCCAUGGUUGUUUCCUCGCUGAAGCCUGGUAUAGUGACCUUGAUAAAAAACAUGAAUGGCAACCAUGUUGCACAACGGUGUUUGCAGUACUUAACACCUGAAUAUAGUGUGUUCCUUUUUGAAGCUGCAACGGCUAAUUGUCUUGAACUUGCAACAGACCGUCAUGGCUGUUGUGUGCUUCAAAAAUGUCUUAGCCAUUACGAUGGUGAACAAAGAUGUCAUUUGGUCCGUGAAAUCACUUCAAAUGCUCUAAUUCUUUCCCAAGAUCCAUAUGGGAAUUAUGUCGUGCAAUUUGUCUUUGAGAUUAAUGUUCCUUGGGCGAUACUGGAUAUUCUUCACCAGCUGGAGGGUAGCUAUGGGGAUUUAUCCAUGCAGAAAUAUAGCAGUAAUGUGGUUGAGAAAUGCCUGAAAUAUGCAGGGGAAGAACGCCGUUCUUGUAUUAUCCAGGAGCUGAUAAAUAAUCCCCAUUUAGAGCAAAUCAUGCAGGACCCUUAUGGCAAUUAUGUUAUUCAAGCAGCAUUGGGUCAUUCAAAGGGAGCCCUCCAUUGUGCGUUGGUGGAGGCCAUAAGACCCCAUGUUCCUGCACUUCGCACCAGCCCAUAUGGGAAGAAAGUCCUCUCUAGCAACAGUCUUAAGAAAUAACUUAUGGGUCUUUUAUUUACGGAGGAUCGUGUAAAUUCUGUAAUAAACAGAUCAAAGGAAGCUUUGAGAUUGGGUUCUAAUGUUCUUCUAAUGCUUGAGUAUUUAAGCUUUUGAAGGUAUGGAAAUCAGGAGGAGAAGAAAAGCCAGAGCUGCCUUAAACAGCUAAUCUGACUUUAAUUCAGUUCUUUGCAGUCUUUCAAAUUUAAUCCCGUUCUUAUUAUCUUAGAGGAAUUUACUCUAGAUUUUGUAGAUAUUUUUUUUGUUUUUUUGUUUUUUCGCAUAGAAAUAAAUGAAUUUUGAAGGUGUAGAGAGAGUGUCAAGAAUGUGGGGGAAAUUGUACUCCAUCUGUGCUUUCUCAUCAAAUCUCUUGGCUUAGGGGUGUUUGGAGGGUGGGAAAUAUUCUAAGUUGCUUUGUUUUCAUCCCAGGCAUUCAAUUUGUGAUGAUGUACAUCCAUUGUCUAUAAAUAUCAAUGAUAAAGCCUGGUUUAUGUUCUCUCUUUUAUGGUUCUGUUAUUUAAUCUUGUAUCAUCCCUUUUGAUUCUUCUUUUUUAUGUAAUUCAUUAGAAAGUGGCUGAAAUCUAUAUGUAUUUAUUACUGCAUUGAAUA